AUGCAAAGUGAUACAUUGUUUUCAAAACUGAGAGCAUCUCAGAAAAAACCUGUAAGGAAUGAUUCAACCAAUAUAAAACAACGGCGCUCUCAAGUAAUUAGACCUACAACGGAUACCACUCAUGCAAAUAGUAUUGCUUUGAAUGCAGGAAGUUUGAUAGUAGGGUCAAGUCAUAACAAUAUACGUCAAGGUUCUAAUAAUGAAAAAUUUGGGGCUUCAAAUGGUGAAUUAGGAAAUGUACCUGAGCUCAGUAAGAAUUCUUCAAAUUCUUCAACACAAAAACCAACCUCCCAUGAAUUAGAAUUGUAUUAUCAUGAAACAAGAGUAUCAAAUGAAUUAGUACAAUUGGAUUUAUCCCAAUUUAAUGAUAUACGGCAAAAUGAUUUAUGUGAAUUGAAGACAUACAAUGGGAAAACUACUAAUAGAGAGGAUGAUUCAGAAUCUACAGGAGGAUUGAGAAAAAAAAUAUAUUUUAUUGCGAAGGAUAAUUGCCAAGUAGAAAAUAAAACAACGACUGGGACAACUGUAACUCAAUUAAACAAUACAUCAGCCGCAUUAGGAAUUACUACUACUACAACUAACACUACAACUACCACGGCAGCUGCCAGUAUCAAGACAAUUCAGACAAAUGGAAGUAAUAUACUACCUGAAUAUCGUGAUAGUAAUAAUGUGGAGAGUAUAUCACUUGAGAAAUUACAACAGCAACAACAACAACAACAACAACAACAACAGCAACAGCAGCAGCAGCAGCAUGAUGUGGGUACAAUAUCGUUACUCUCGGGACAACUUAAGACAAUUAUAGAUCUUCCCAUAAAAUCAAAAGUUUGGAUUAAGAAGAAAAAUAAAAAGCAAUAUCAGGCAGACUUAAUAGAAAUAAAUUUGAAAGAUUGCUUUUUGAAUAGAGGUGAUAUGUGGGCACUUUCAUCCCGUUUACAAGAUACAUGUGUAUUCUCGGAUCAAAGACUCACCUUUAUCGAAACUAUCAGGGGUACAGUGAAAGGUAUAUAUCGAGAUGGACGUAAGGUGUUAUCAGGAUAUGUCGGUGAAUCUACUCGUGUUGUAUUUCGUUCAGAGUCUGCGAGGUUGAUAUUUUUAAUUCAAAUUACAGAAGAAAUGUGGAACUUUGAAGAAACGGGUGAGAAAUUAUUUCAAAAGAUGGUCAAUUCUUUAUUCCCAAAAAUUUUUAAAAAAUGGAAAGCAAUUGAUACGCAUCAUUCCAUUACAAUAGCAUUUGCAAUAUCUAUGGAUCUUUCAGAUUCUCCAUUCACAGAUUUAAAACCUGGUGAGAAAUUGAAAAACCCAGUGGAUCAUUUUCGUAUCGUUGUUGAUCAAGUUAAUAUCAUCCAUUGGGUUCAAAUCAUGGAAACAUUAAAGCUGGAAUUCCUAAAUAUUAAGAAUAAUUUGUUAAAUUUCAUGACAGAGAAGGGACAUAAUAUUUUGAAGGGAAGGUUUGCACCGGUUAUUAAAUCAAAUUUCCUUGAAUUGAUUAAUUUUGCUACUACUGUAUUGGUUGACCCGUUUAGGCAAGUUGAUUUACGUCACACUACCACACAUGUAAUGAUAAUAUCCCCAGGGUCGGGACUAUAUGAUGUAGAUUAUGAUCUCUUAAAUUUAACCGGAAAGAAAUUAUUAUCGCUUGAAAUGACCAUGGAUCUGAUUUGUCUUUCUAGAGCUCCUUUGCAUAUUGUUCCUUUAUUCAGAGCAAUAGAUUAUGAAGAAAAAUUACAUUAUUGUAUACCCAACUGGUUGAGUAUAUUCUUUUGGAAUGAUUCAUCCAAGUCCAUAGAUGAAUGGCACCCUCGUUGUAAAAUCUAUGAUUUACAAAUGAUGGGUUUAACAGAUAAUGAGAUUAUGGAACAAGCUGAUGUACCGUAUCUUACGGCAAAUAUAAAGAAGGAUCACUCUAUAAGCACAGUGAUUUCAAAUUAUGAAAAUACCAUUUUUAAUAUCCCAGAAUAUUUAUCAUCUGUCAAAACCAAAAACACUAUCAGCAAACAAAAUAAGGCACAAAACAAUAAAUCUAAUACACUAGCACCUACUGAAGGACAUUUAUCUAGUAGGCACAACGCAUUAGCAUGGAGACAACCAACCUUCUCGGAACCUGUUGCUGAAGCAGUUCAAACAUUUAAUGCAAUCGGUGAUAUGGUUACUUUGAACGAACCUGUAUUGGUAAAUGGUGAUGGUAGGAAUACUGAGAGUAGUGACCCAGAAGAAUCAUUGAAUCCUAUUAUUAGUCACAAUGAUCAACCAAGUACGUCUAAUUCAGCAGCUGUGAAUUCAUUGAGAGGAAUGAGUAGGAAAAGAUCAAUUAGAGAUUUCACUAGGAACCUUAUGGUAAAAUUCAAUUACGGUAUCAUCGGGACAAAGUCUUCAAAUAAAAUUAUAUUGGGCGAUAGUGAAAUUACGAACAAUAUUCUUCAAACUACAGCAAACAGUGAACCAGUUAAGAUUAAUGCUAAAGAUAUAUCACCCUUUAAGACCAUGCAUAAUUUGCAAUCUUCAUCUGACUCUAUUUCUGGAAAUAUUAAUAUUACAAAACCUUCUUUAAAUACGUUUUCCCCUUCAAAUGGGAAUAUUUAUAAAGGAGCAGAACAAUUAUCUACAUCUUCGACAACAAAAUCUCAAGUUAACAAGAAUAAUGAACACCUCUUUGAUAGGACAGGUACUGGUAUUUCAGGAAGUUUGAAUGAGGAUCUAACAUUAAAAUCUAAGGAGGCUGAUGCUGACUUGUAUACUUCAAAUCCUGCAAUUAAUGCCAGGCCAUUUUCAUUCUUUGACAAUAAUCCAAAAUAUGAAAGUAAUACAUAUAUAUCCAAUGAAACAUGGAUAGAGAUAAAAAAUCCAUCAGUUCCGGUGAAUGUAGAGAUAGCUAACCGUUUGCUACCUGUUCGUUGGAGGGAUGUAUGGCCUCAUUUUGUUGCUAAAAAGUACAGUAAAUGGAGAUCAUUCACUACACCAGCUGAUCUACCUGUAACAAUAUCUGCAUUCCCAACUAAGGAAGAUUUUAAGAAUAAUUUUUUCUUCAGGAACCAUUCGGUUACAUUAAAUAUUGAUCAGGAGUCAUAUAACCAAACUGCACUUGACCUUCUGAGGAAUAUAAUAUAUAUGCGUUUGGUUACUGGUUUCCAAUUAUGUUCUGGUGAACAGGUUGAAAAGUUGGAGGAAUUGAGAACCAAUUCUGAUGACGAAACAACGGUCGUAAAAUACAUAGAUAACAAAGAAUGGGAAAAUAUUAAGGUUUAUUUAAUCAUUGACUCCGAGAUUCACCGAAUAUCCUGUAGUCAAAAUGGAACAAUUGAUGUUCAAAGGUAUUUAAGGAGAAAUAACAGUGAUCUGUUCGAUCAAGUGCCUAGUUAUAUUCCUCUCAUUAAAACCCGAUAUGAAACUGUUUAUAGGGACUCUAUGAUAGAUCCGAUCCAUGUGAAGAGGCCAUCAUUAAACUGGAACCAAAUCGAUCAAGUAAUUGCAGGAUAUGGUGAUUAUGUUGUUGAUAGAGCAUGGCAUGGAUUUAGAUCCAAAUUUGUUGUCUUGCCAUCAGAAGCUGCUCCAAAUAAUUUUUCAAUAAUUGUAAAUGGUAAGAACGAACUACUUUCGGUUGAAGAGCUUAGAUUAGAAGGAUUGCGUCGCUUAAUUAAUUCUAUUACGAAAUGUAAAUUAAGAAGUGAGAAGGAAAAAAGAAUGAAGAAAUCCAAGAAAGAUGAGCUACAACCAGAUGUGAUAUUUUAUACAGGAUCACUUUUGAACUUUAUUAAUGAACACCAGGAGUCAUUGAAGAAUUUUAAUAAAAACACCAUCGAUUCCCUUUUUAUUGACGAUAAAAAUUUAAUGGACAAAAAUACAGAACUAUUUAAAUUAGCCCACGAAUUACAACUUGGGAGAGAUAAAUUAAUGCUAGUUAACAGAAAAUGGCACUGGAAAAAACAUUUGAAUUGUUUUGUUGGUUCAGAGAUGGUUUCUUGGCUAGUUAGAAAUUUUUCCGAUAUCUUCACCAGGGAUGAGGCGGUUGUAUAUGGGCAGACACUAAUGGAUGAAGGAUUAUUCCAUCAUGUUCUAAAUAAACAUAGUUUUCUAGAUGGACACUAUUUCUAUCAGUUUAAUCCUGAGUAUAAGAUCGAUCCACAAACACUAGAUAGAAUGAACUCUAAUCCAUCUGCCUCGGAAACUUCUAAAGCACAAGAGACAGAGUAUAUUUCUAAGGCUGAAAGCUCAAAUCGUCUUUCUCUUAUCGAUUCUAAAGAUUCUGAUUCGACUAACGGUGGUGAUUCAACAUAUAGAGACACAAAGAAAGGAUCGACUAAACCAACUGUUACUCUAAGUAGUUCUAUCCAGAUUGAUGUGGAUUCGUUAAAUAGAUCAUACAAACAGGAAGUUUGUACUGUGCAUUAUGACAGAGUUCAUAAUCCCGAUCAUUGUUUUCACAUAAGAUUGGAAUGGAUGACGACGACACCAAAAUUAAUUGACGAUCUACUUGGAAAUUGGUCCAGAAUUUGUGAGCGUUACGGUCUCAAAUUGAUUGAGCUACCUUGGGAAGAACUAUGCUCCUUACCAAGUAUGAAUCCUUUUCAUUCGUUUGCUAAAAUAACGUUGGCUAUCAAUCCUUGGGAAGAUGCAGAGUUUUAUGAUAAGGAAUUAUUUUCUUCAAACAAAUUCUAUUAUCAUAUUUGUUUACUUAAAUUAUCAGGGUUCCUAUUAGAUAAUAGAGCUUCCAAAUUCCUACAAGAAGGUGAAAUUAACUUCGAUAUAAACUAUUCUUGGGGUAAACCUCAAUUCAAAUACGCUCAAUAUAUCCACAACAGUGGGGCAUACAUAGCUGAAAUUAGAGAGAACGGUGAAUUCUUUUUAGCACCAAAUAAUAUUCAUAUCUCAAGAGUGACGCCUGGAAAUAUUAAAGGUAAAUAUCGUUCCUCUUCGAGAGCCAAUUUCAAUUCACAAACUCUAGUUAUGGAAUUUAAAAAGAAAUGGUCAGAUUACUGUCAACUCCACCCUAUUUUUGAGGAAAUAAAAAAAAAAUGGAUGGAAACUGGAAAUGUAGACGAGUUUUAA